CCCGGCACCUCCAAUCUGAAUCGUUACAACAACAUCUUGCCCAAUCCUCGUACGCGCGUGCGCCUGAGCAAGCUCAACGACGAUGACAUUACCACCUACAUCAAUGCCAACUAUGUGCACGGCUACGACGGUGCCCAUGGCACGUACAUUGCAACCCAGGGACCCACGCCCACCACGACGCCCGACUUUUGGCGCAUGGUCUGGGAAACAAACGCCAACUCCAUUGUGAUGGUGACUGGUCUGCAAGAAAAGGGACGUGAAAAGUGUGCCCGCUAUUGGCCCACGGUCCUCUUUAACGAACGCGAGGGCCUUGGGGAUAUGCAAGCCGGCUUUGUCAACGUAGCCGUCUUGGCAGGCGUUCGUUCAAACGGUUACAUCGCAACCAAGCUGCGCAUCAAGCACGACAAGAGCGACACGGAGCGAAUUGUCAUGCACUACUGGUUCAACUCCUGGCCCGACCACGGCGUGCCCUCGGAAACUGGCAAUGUCGUCAAAAUGCUGCAGGCCGUGCGCGAGUGGAGCGAUGAUCCAGAGCGGCCAUGGAUCGUUCAUUGCUCUGCGGGUGUCGGUCGAACUGGUACCUUCAUCACGAUCGAUAUUGGCAUGCGCUUGCUGCAGGAGCGCGGCCGCUGCAACGUCAACGAGAUUAUUCGUCGCCUUCGCAAGGACCGUUGUGCUAUGGUGCAACAUCCAGAGCAGGCAGAAUUCGCCUACAAGGUUUUGAGCGAGUAUGCCGCG